AUGACGACGUCUUAUGCGCAAGACCUUCCUCAAGAAUUGCUUCUUCGCAUCUUUGUAUUACUCGACUAUCGCUCGAAUGCUCGAAAUGCUCGAGUGUGCAAGGCGUGGAAGGACGGAGCCCUUGAUGAGGUGUGGCAACAUUUGUCUGAUUGGACAAGCGCUCUGGCUUCGUUGGCAGGUACGGCCCCGGACCCUGACACUCAGAGGAUAAGCUUCCUGUCUCCUCUCAGCAAUAACAUAUGGGACCGUUUCUUCAGCAAUGCAUGUCGUGUCCGCUACAUCGACGGGACCAACAGGCCGGCCUCACACAUACGUUGGUCUGAGAGGGCUAUGAUCGAGAUCAUGGCCACUCGGCCUCUCGCUAUACUAUUUCCGAAUCUUCAAUCCCUUCGAAUAGGUGCAUGCUCAGGCCCCCAAUUUGGAGCCAUCAUCAUGCACGACUCCGUUUCUGCGCUCACCAUAGAUAUGCGCCUCACGCCCGCUCGCUCAACGCCAAUAGAUUUCACAACAUUGUGUCUGCAUGUAUCUGAGAGAAUGCCCAGGCUCACGACUCUUGAGCUUGAUAUCGCUGCUCCUGACGACCAGACAGAGCACGCUCUCUGCCUUCUUUUCGAAAGACUUCCGUACCUUCGCGAUGUCACCCUAUCACCCAUGCUCUUCUUUCCAUCCAUCAUAAACCCUCUCUCCACGAUCCACUCGCUUCGCGCACUGAUGUCCCAAUCAGCUCAUAUCGAAUGGGUCAAAGCGCCUCGAAACUUUCAGGCCCCCCUGGAAGCUGGUGCAUUUCCGUCAUUGCAAUCCAUCACUUUCGGGUCUUCCCUUGAUCAUGCUCGACAGUUCUUCACAGCGCCAAAUUUCCCAACGUCUUCUUUGAUUUAUAUCUUCUUAUACGUCCCUCUUCCGCACCACAAGACAUCUUCGCACCUUCAACAACUUCUCAUCUCUCUCGCAGAUUCGUGUCGUAGCCUGGAACGUCUCGAACUCUACAUGACCGAGAUCGAUAAUCUUCGGAUGAGCAUACAGGACGCCCGAAACUCUCCUGUAUACACGUUCGCGGACAUCUGCCCUAUUCUCCGUCUUCAAAACUUGAAGGUAUUCAUUAUUCGAUACGUCCACCCUAUAUUUAUCACAGACGACGAAAUCGAGUCUCUUGCGGCUAGUCUUCCACACUUGGAAGAGUUGGUGCUGAACGCAUACCCCAUGAUCACCCCGAAGCCCACCCUCACUCUGCGCGCCAUCAUCCCAUUCGCUCGCCACUGCCCCAGACUCACGAAACUGGCGUUGUAUUUGCGCUGCACCCUGGACAAUGUCCCCCCUUCUCUCGGCACCCAUUUGGUCCACCUCGCCCAACUCUGCAUCGGGUGCUCCACCGUCUUGUGCAACGUAGAGACCGUCAGCUGGUUCCUGUUUCCAUUACUUCCUAGAGGUUGCGAGGUGCUAGCCUCUGUGGAUGAGGACUGCGACGAAUUUCUCUACGUGGCAGAAUCGGCGUGGUGGGAGACAGAACCGAAGGUUCUGAGAGAUCAUGCGAUAAGGUUUUGGCAGAAUGUGGGGCGGGCGUUGGAACUGAUGCAUAAGGUCAAGGAAGAUGGGGAGAGGCCUCUCAGGUCGAGAAUAGGAGCUCUGGAGGAGGAAUUGCGGGUCGCGCAUGCACGGCUGGAGGAGUUGGAGUCCUGAUCUUUGUCGAUGCCUUGUAAUCGUCCAAUUGAAGGCCACUUCUACCAUUCUUCGAGCGCGCGUUCAAUAAUGUUAGUCACUAUGAUCAUAUAAAUCUCCUCGACACCAUGCCUCUGCAACCCAUUUCCGCCAGCUCCGUAUCAUCACGUCGUUCCUCACCGAUCUCGUAGCUGAAACACGCCGGACCGUCUUCCAAUUCUCAUCCAACGGUACCUACCAGAGGCUGGAGGACCAGGUGCUGGAAGUGGUCGGGGCGACCCAGGUGGAGGACGUCGUGUCCUGGGGCAAUCCUGGGGUCGAGUCGAGCAGUUGGCGGGGCGUCUCAGUCGGAGCAUGAAGAGAGCGUGUGGCCUUCCUUGUUUUCUCGUUACUAUUUUGUCUUUCCAUCUUCCUGCUCUUUCAGAUCUAUUCCUAGUCAUUGAGUCCAUAAAUGUGUAAGAUUUGUAUAUGUCCGAAUUGAUUUCGCUAUGCUG